UAUAAUUCCAUAUAUUAAGACCAAGAAAGAAAAAACCCAAUUUUCAUGAAGAUCCAACGGCUCAGAUUGCAUGAAGAUAUACAGCACACAUAUCAUCCACAUGGGCUUUGUGUCACCUACGCUACAACAAAGUCCCAAAAACAACAGUUAAAUAUUGGAAAAACUGACCUCGAGAGCCAAAGACAACCCUACAUAGCUACAGCCUUGAAAGAUUAAAAAAUCUUUACAGUCGAUUCAUCCAUCCGUGCAAGGAUAAAAUACAAAAUUCACACAGAAAAAACCCAGCAAAAAAAGAAAAAAGAAAAAAAGGAAGAAACAAAAUUGAAGCUAAAACAGAGCUCCAGAGUCACCCAUUUCCAGAGCCUUCUUCCUCAAUCUCAAAAGGGUUGGGUCAAAAAAAUGAAGCUAUCUGCAAAACCCAUAUCGAGUCCGGGUCGAACCGAUAAGUUCCCGCCGCCAUUGAUGAGGUUUCUGAGGACCAAUGUUGGGAGCAGAAGCAGAGGGCGGUUACGUUCGAGCCCAAUGUUUGUGAGGAAAAAAAACACCGCCAUUGAAACCCAAGAGCCCUCUUCUCCUAAAGUCACGUGCAUGGGGCAGGUCCGAGUCCGACGGUCCUCCAAGCAAGGCGGGUCAAAACCCCUAAGAGCCCGGCGGACCGGAGCUCCGACCCUACGACGGUGUAAAUGGAUCCAAAACGCCCUGCCUUGCCGCCAUUUUCCAGGGAAAAUCAAGCCCAAGUCUUUUGGACUCGUUUGGCGCAAGUGGGUACCGUUUUUUCAAGUGGGUUUUUGUAGGAAAGGCAAAAUUAAAGAGGACCCGCCAAAGAUUGAGUCGAAGUUUGGAGAUGGAAUUGAAGUUUCAGAUGGGGAAGAUGAAGAAGAAGACCAAGAAUAUGAAAGAAAGGCCAAAGCUUUCGUUUCUUCUUCUUCUUCUUCACCACCAAAGAACGCUUUGCUAUUAACUCGAUGCAGAUCUGCGCCGUACAGGUCUUCAUCUUUGGCCAGUAGAUUUUGGGGCUCACCUAUAAGAACUGAAGAAACAGAGGAAGAACAGAGCACAGAGACCCAAAACGGAGGAAAUUGCACCGAGACCGAGAGACCCAUAUCAGAAAGAGAGUCCAUUUCGGAUCAAGAAACGAAAUUAGACUCAGAAAGUGAAGAAAAGUUGAAAAUUUUCAGGGAAUUGGAGAGUUCAAUCAGAGAAAGAAUGGUCAAAUCUGCAAUUAUCGAAGAUAAAGACGAGGACUUUGGAGGCUCUGCUCGACCUCUAAUACUCACAAGGUGUAAAUCAGAACCAGCAAGAACAGCAGAGAAGCUCGACCCGGAGCUGAGCUUCUGGAGAAAGAGAAGAGACUCAUAAUCAACAACAACAGCAACAGCUCAUGGGCAUGGGCAGCUUUAUUUAUUGCCGUCUUUGAUGCCAUUGAAUAUUGAACUCAGCUUGUGUCUCGGAUUUCUCAAAAACGCUUUUCGUGGAACUGUUUUCGGUGUUUUCUGCUUUCUGUGGCAAUGGGGGGGGCCUUUGAUUACCAUUGGAUACUCCUGACCUACUUUUUUCUAUUUGAUUAGCAGAAGCUAUUGACUAAAAUAGUAAUUAACAUAACCAGACGGUGGCCUACGUGUGCAUUUAAUACAUGCUGCUUGAUGUUGUUGUGGUAAUGGAUUUGGGUUUGUUUGUUGUGGCUUUUGAGAUUAAUUUGUUGAGUUUUAUAAUAAGAUUAGCAUAAAAUUGGACUUCACAGUUGAAUUGAAGAGCAUUGUAAAUUGGGUUAAUUGUAAAGAU